GAAUUGGCGGUUCCUGAAUCUGUGCCCGAAUCGAACAACCCUGUAACGCCCGUCUCGCUCCAUCGUUUCGGCAACGAUUGCCUCGCGGGGACGAAAUGCGGCGAACCCGCAGCCAACCCRGAAGAAGUUCUAGCGAAGCARCACAGGCACCGUGCUCCGCGAGCCAGGYAUCAAUCGGARCAGRAACAGGAAGAGGAACCAGAACCCAAAAACAAGCAGCCCCGAGGGAUCCCUCCCUCCCCUCCUGGUGCCAACACCURCGCAAGGAGGACUGCAGCUACGCCACCAGCACCGGAAGCAGCGGGGUCUCCCACCCAUCCCGUUCCUACCAGCAGUCGGCCUCCUAUCUGGAACGGAUCACCACCUCGACGGUCACCACCGAGAUACGGCUCCGGCAGGAAUCUGUUCGGUGCUGGAACAAGCGCCUCGAGGAAGCCUCCGCGAGGGCCUUUGAGAGGCUGGUCGGUCCGGUCUGCGGGUACAUUCGCCUGCAGACGGCUCUGGACACAGGCACAGGUAGCAGCAGCAGCAGCAGCAGCAGCGGUGGAAGUAACGGCAGUUUGAACAAUGCAAGCAAUGCCAACACCGCCGACAGCAACCACGUCGACGAAACCGAAAACGAUGGCGAUGGCGAUGGCGAUGGCGACGACUGGGAUCAAUGCCAACAGUUCUUCGGGAUGCCUACUCCUACAGUUUCCGCAGGGGCGGCUUGCACCAACCCUCAAACUACCAAGGAAGACCCCCUUCCCGGUUCUUUGCUGGUGCGGUAUCCACCGGAGGUGCUACCCGUGGUGGUGGUAUCCUCCCCGCUCGUUUCGAAUUGUCUGCGGGACCGGCUGGGGAUGUCCCGGGCCAUGUGGAGCCAACUCAAUUCGCUGCCGGGGAUUGCGGAGGAGAUCGACCACCUCCGCAACGACGAGACGAUCUGUCUCUACCUUCCCCGCCUCCUCUCCAGCUGGAACGAAACGCUGGGGGUUCUGUGGGAAAGCCUGCUCCACCACUUUGAGAACACCCACGAUGCCCCGGAGAGGGACCCAGACGAUCCCUCCUAUUGCGCAAACCCUCUGAGUCUGGCCGCGAGGCGCCACUCCUACCACUYCUCCAAGAAGGGACACUACCAGCGCAUCGCGGAGACCGGUGGUGGUGUUUCUUCGUUUGCGCUCGGAAACCACCACCGCCGGCCCGGGAAAACCCCGGGCUGGACCACCGGUGCCCACACGACCAAGAAGCAGCGGAGCCUCCAGGACGUCCUCCUCGAGUUUCUCACCCACGUCUUUGAGGAGCCCGGAGAGUUUAUGCGGCCGAGCGAGACCGAAACCGAAUCAGCCAACGGCCACAAGGGUCGAUCCCGCCGCGGGUCCUACCGYGGCCUGGUAGUGUUGCUGGAAGACCCGCGGAUCGUCCACCCGAGGGCCACCCCGUCCCGCAGCGGCGGAAGCGCUGGCUCUGGCCUCCCGGGUGCCAACGCGAGUGCCGCACAUGCCGCCGUCCCACCCCACAGCCACCUGCAGCAGGCCCAGCUGCUGGAGACACUGGCGGCCUGGAGGAGCCUCCACGGGAUCCCCGUCUCGCUGGUGGUCCUCGAUGCCGGGGGGAGCUCUUCUCCGGGCCGACAGGCCCGCGGCAGCAGCAACAGCAACAGCCACAACAACCCCCUGCUGAAUCCCUCCGUGGGGCGGUUCGGUGCCAGAACCCUCCGGUGCUCGGUUCCGGGCGGUGUGCCGGUGCAUUGCCAGAGGRUGGAAGCACCGCUGCCACCGGCRGCCRCRGCCUACGCCCUCUGGACGCACUAUUUCUUGCRAGAGCUGGYGGACGCCCCGAUGCCCCUGCUGGCACCAAUGGCCGCGGAUGCAGACGGGGAUUCGGAUUCCCUUGGCGGGAGCAGCUUUCCCGGUGCUCCAUCUUCCACCGAGGGGAUCCUGGAGCUCUGCUCGGAAACCCUCCGCCACGAAUCGUCGUGCAGUUCCUGGACAGAGGCCCUGAGGGCGAGAAUCACCACGAAAUUUUACACUCGGAGGGGAUCCUUUGUCUGGGACGCCCUCCACCCGAGAACGGCCCUCGAGGCGGAUCCGGAGAAAGCCCGCGGUUAUGGCAACGGCGAAAGGGACUCGCCCUCGGGGYUCCCACACGGUUCUSUUUCGCGAUCCGGUGAAGAAGGUGCCCCCGGGGUCUGGAGGGGGGUUGAUCGACCCAAAGGAGCAGGGGCAAGAGCUUCCGRAAYCGACGCUUCCUCCCCAAAGGAGCAACUGCAGCUCCAACCCUUCGAGGCGGGGACCGACGCGAUCCAUCUYUUUUAUCCCGAAUUGGUGGCUUGGUUUUGUUCCUACCCCAAGGCCCACAAACUGUUGUCGGCCAACGCGGGUGCCGACAAGGCCGGGAUGAACCUUUCCGACAAGUGCGAAGGCCUGCUGGAGUGUUCCGGGCUGCUGGAUCCGCGUUCCGAUGCGAAAGGCGAACAAAGCGCGACGGUUUCGCCAUCCACCGGCCGUCGACUGCGKUUUUGGUGGUCCGUUUCUUGCUCCCUGUUGCCCCUGCGCAUCCUAGCACUCACGACAGCGGGCCGCGGGGGAGGAACGGCCGUUGGGCAACGGUGCGACGUUCUCUGUGGCCCGUGGGUGCUGGCGCGGCUGGCCGAGGUCUAUCGCCGUCUCGUGUUGGAGGAAUCGCAAGGCGAUCUUGCGGAGCCAGAGCCCGGGGACGGGGGCUUUGCGGGGGCGAUUCUUCGGCGCUACCUGCAGCGGGGGGGUCUGGCGGGCGGCGAAAAGGAUUCCACCGGUGGCGGGGACGAAUCGGGCCACCGAGUUUCGAGCCGCGAUCGGGCCGUGGUUCGAUUGCUGACCACCAUGGUACGGCAGCUGGUAAUCCUCGUCGAUGCCCGGGACAGCGAAAGCAAGAGGGGAGAYGACAAAGAAGACCGGCGUCGUGGGGAGAGCCACGAGAUCGACAGGGGAGUCGAAGAAGCCAUUCUAGAAAUGAAUCGACUCGCACUUGGGCAGGUCGAAGCGUGGACUCGCAGGUGGAUCGAGCGCAAUCCCUUGAUGKCGGCCGAAUCAGCGGCGUCUAGCUUCGGAACCGAGCUUUCGAUUUCCAAACCGGCGAAUUUCCGCAGGCGAAUCCUGGACAACCUCCCGCGGGGAGCUCGGGAGUUGUACCAAGCCAUGGAGGGAAGCCUGUCGAUCGAACGCGACGAUUGGUUCCGUUCCUUUGACGGAACGACGGAGGACUUCGCCGUCGGGGUUUGGACGCUGCAGAAGUGUGGAUUGGUUCGGCCCAGGACCAAGACGGUUGCUGCUACCGUCAUGGCGUCGACGGUCCAAAAAGCGGGGGCAAAGAAGCGAGGGGGGACAAAGCGACGGCGAGAAGUAGUAUCGUACGAAAAAGUUGCCGUGGUUUGGUGUUGAGCGAGAAGGAGGGGAAACGAUAUGAUAGAUCCCAUUGUCGUCCACGGUUCUAAAAUAUCUUAUGACUUUUUCUAGUGUUGUUUUAAAGCAAAACAGUACUAACAACAAAAGGCUUCCGUUCCGUCAAAUGCAGCACCAGCAAUGUGGAAACUGAUCUUUCUAUUAGUAUGCAUACUAUUUGAUAUAACAAAUCAUCUUCUUCCUAGUAGGCAGACCAAUAUUUCUCAAGACCAUUCGAGCAGACUUGGCUUCAAUGAAGUCAAGCAACAACAUGGAAGCAAUCGAUUCGUUGCUGCGAUUCGAUGCUGUGUUACGUGUUAUGUUAGAUAGCUGUUACGAAAUAGUAAGCAGUAUUCCUAUUAAAACUAUUAGCAACAC